AUGACACCACGCCCCCGUCCACCACCACCACCAUCAUCAUCACUGUCGUCAUUGACAUCUUCGGCUCUGCUGCAUUCUUUUGUAAAAAAUGAUGUACAACACUCAACAUCCAGAUUAGCAUCAGAGGAAGACGUACCGCAAUUAACUUUGGCGAAUGUAUGCAAAGAUAUAUACGACGGAGUAGUGGGUCUUCUCAUUAAUCCCCAGGCCGCACGAAUUGUCUAUCCAUUAGUAAUUUGUUUUUCAUCAUUACUUGCAAAGAUUGUUAUCAAGACGGUACCGUAUACCGAAAUCGAUUACUCCACGUAUAUUCAACAAAUCAAGUUAAUCGACCAAGGAGAGAUUGAUUAUGCUGAAGUUUAUGGCGAUUCAGGUCCCAUUGUUUACCCUGCAGGUUUUUAUUCGGUGUAUUCUUAUAUUUACUGGUUUAUUGGUGAUAACAUUAAAGAAGCACAAAACAUUUUUGGCUAUGUAUUCACAGCAAGUGUGUUAUUAACCACAGUCAUAUAUGCUCAGAUCUGGGAUGUUCCACCAUGGCCUAUUUAUUUGUUAUUGGCCAGCAAGCGGUUGGUAUCGAUUUACAUGUUGAGAAUGUUCAAUGAUUGCUGGACAACUUUGGCAAUUUUAGGCACUGUUGUGCUUUUGCAACAGGCAGCAGUUUAUAAGUCCACACAUAAUGAAAAGAUCUCAGAUAAUGGUACUGAGAGUUUAAAUUCGAAAUCAGAGAAAAGAACAAAAGCCAAUAAAAGAAAACAAACACAACAAACACAACAAACACAGGAAAAUGAAAUUAUUACCAAGCUGAAUGGGUUUGAUUUGAGCUAUAUGCUAACCCUAGCUGCCGCCGAUCUUUAUAGUAUGGCCAUCUCCAUCAAAAUGAAUGCGUUGCUAUACCUACCUGCAUUUUUGAUUAUUGUGUAUUUCUUAAAUGACGAAAACUUGUUCAAAUUCAUUUCCGUUGUAUUGAUAAUUCCAUUUAUUCAAUUGGUAAUGGGUUGGAAAUUCUUGUUGCCGUUAUACAACGAUGAGGUAGCAAGACAAAUCAGAUGGAAUUACAUUACACAAGCAUUUGACUUUAAGAGAAAGUUUUUAUAUGAGUGGACUGUAAACUGGAGAUUCUUACUGGAGCAAGUAUUUCUAUCGGAUUAUUUUUCACGUUUUUUGCUCGUCGCCCAUAGCGCCACACUUUUAUUAUUCAUCUUUACUAGGUUUCUCAACGAAAGAAUUACCGGUAAGCUGUUUAAUCAACUUGUGAAAGAUGCUUUUAACCACAAGUCUACAAUAACGUACUCAAAGAAUGCAUUCGUCGAUAAAUUAAUUGCACCACAAUUAAUAUUUUACAUUAUGGCCAUCACCAAUUUGAUUGGAGUCUUGUUUUCAAGAUCGUUACACUAUCAGUUUCUUGCGUGGUAUGCAUGGUCAUUCCCAGCAUUGCUACUGCUCAAUUUCCCAGUAUACAUCGGUGUUCCAAUCUGGUUUGUCCAUGAGUGGUGUUGGAAUGUCUUUCCUUCAACGAAAUUAAGCUCAAUCUUAUUGGUAAGUAUUUUGCUGGUAACCAUUAUACUCAGUUACAUAAACUUUAAAAAAUGGUUCCCACUGUCAAAAACCAUUGCGGAAUAUCGAGAAUGGGAAACAGCGCAAAAAGAAAGGAAGGAUGAAUAA